AUGGACGCAGUAGAGAUUCAUAAGACUCCUGGAGAGUCAUGGGUCGUUGAUUUGACGUUGCCAUCUGAGAACGUAUCGCACCAGCAAGGCAAUAAACACAAGGAUCGUCAUCGACGAGGUCCAGGUGGUAGCCGGAGAUCCAAUCAGGAAAUACUUGACGUUGUCGUCACCCCAUCCACAGAGUCUGAUACCAACGUUCAGAGUUGGCCAUUGCCAUGCCUUCGAGGCCAGAUCGUCCUGUUUCUCUGGAUCUGGAACCAAGGCGUUGUUGGUAGCCAUCAUAGCAAUGUUCAACUGGACGAAAUCCUUGAAGAAGGAAGUCUUUGGAAGCUUGAAAUCUUCAGGAGGGUUUGGCAGCUCAGGGUUGUUGUGAUUCUCGAUGUUCCACCAUGUGCGUUUAUCCCUAGUAAAUGGUGA